GCUGACAUACGCGCGGCGGCCGACAGUCGCGAUAGUGAAUGUGCCGAUACCGCACAAACAUUGUGCGCACACGAUGUAUACCGUCCGAUUGUGUUUCGCCGCCACCGUCGCGUUUCUCGUUGUCGUGAUUGGCUGGUGGACCGCCGACGCAGUGGUAUGUUGCAACAGUAGUCUAGUCAAGGGCGGCGGAGAACGCAUCGUUAGGUCUUGCCCGAACAAAAAUCGGACUUUCCACAUGGUGGAGACGAUCGGUGACAGCGCGUGUGAUGAGAACCGAACGGCCGUGCCAGUCCGGAAGUGCUGUCCGCCGGGCCGGCUGUAUGAUCCGAAAGUGCAGUUCUGCGGACCGUCCAGGGCGGACCGCGACGAGUACCUGCAGCGGAUGAUGCAGCGAUUGAGUGCCGAAUUCCGGGUGGUGGCCGAUGCGGUGAUGGUGGGUUACGAUUAUGAGCAACCAAUAUGCAACGCCACACAAGUGCUAGUCGACGUGCCCGUCAUGGAAGUGCGUGGGCUGAUGGAGACGGGCCCGCCGGCCAUCGAGUUGCCGCCGGGCUACUGCUUCGACCUGACGCCAUCCGAUGAGCUGGUGGCCCAGACGUGCCGGCCACGUGACCAGUACUGCGGCCGGGACGGUUACACGUGCGUCCGCAAGUGCUGCAAGCGCGACCAUAUGUUCGUCGACGGUGGUGGGGAGUGCAAGCGGAGCGAGAAGCCGUUCACGAUGUCCGCCUAUGAAACAGACGCGGACGGCCGUCCUGUUGGACAGUCGAACAGCACGGUGCUGCCGUACUAUUUACAACUCGAGUGUUCCAAUAGGAACAAGGUAGACGACGGGUUCAUGUUGACCACGGAUGGAAGCCUUUACCUUAACGGCGACGGCAAACGCGUACCGGAGACCAGGUACUGUGUGGAGUAUAACGCCACGGCCGACCGCCCACAGGCGUUAAUAUGCGCCAAAGGCAAACGUUUUAACUGGAAGCGUGUAUUCUAUUGGAUUAGUCCUCCUGUGGUGUCUUUCGUGUUCGCGAUGCUCACGCUGCUUGUGUACGCCAUACUACCAAGCCUCCGGAACGUCCAAGGCUACUACUUCAUCUGGUACUUGGCCAGCGUGCUGAUGGUUAACGUUUGCGAAAUGAUCGACUUGUACAAGUUGUACACUGUAUUGAAAGACCCCUAUUCCCUUUCAUUUUACGGUUGUUCAUAUUCAUUUUUUUUCAUGGCAACAGUAUGCUGGUUACACGUAUUAAGCGUUGAUAUUUACUGGACGAUAAAGUGCAACAAGUCAAUAUACAGAAAUACAUCAACAUCAGUACGUACCAUAAUGUACCAUAUUUACUGUUGGGGAUUUUCAAGUAUUGGCGUAAUACCUAUUUUUUAUUUUUUAUAUUCAAAUCACAAAAUUCAACUGCAAUUAACACCUUAUAUUGGAGACAUUUUAUGCUUUUUUUUUGACUGCCCUAGUCUAGGAUCCUUCAUUUUCUUAUACAUACACUUGAAGGUUAUUGUGAUUACCAAUUUAAUAUUGUUCUUGCUAACUGCAAUUCAUUAUUCAAGAACUAAAUCUGAACUCAAUAAAUUCAACCCAACAGAUUCAAAAACAGAACGUUUAUUUGUUUACAAAGAGAGAUUUGUAAUGAAUAUCAAACUAUUUCUGAUUAUGGGAAUCUCAAAUUUCAGUCAGAUAUCAGAUUUCCAAAAAAAUUCAAUCAUAAUUUUAUUUUGUAAUUUUAUUAACCAACUACACCCAGUAUUCGUAUUUAUUAUAUUGGUGGCCAAGCGAAGAGUUAUUAUGGACUUACGGAAAACGUUUAGAGGUUUAAUGAAUCACAGUGAGUCGACACCGAUUAACACCAUCACUGGGUCGUCAUAAAAGUGUCACUGGGCAGUGCUAAUUUAAGUUUAAUGAUUUAUAAAUGCAAUAUGAUUAUAUUGUGUAGAUAUUAUUAUAGUAUAUAUAUUUGGACUCAUGGCCCUAGAGUCUAGGGCCUAGACCCGAGGGCAUAAAAAAAAUCAUUAUUUUUGUGCCUUAAAAUAUUACGUAUUUGUUUUGUGUGGUUAUUAAAAAAUUAAAACAAUAGUUAAUAAUCAAAAUAUACGAUUUACCAAUUUUAUAUUAGGUAUGUUAUAUUUUACCUCGUGUUUUACUCAAAUAAUUUAUAUUUGGUCUAAAUAAAUCGUUUAUAUUUAUUUAAAAAAAAUGGAUACCUAAAUCCUAUCUAAUAAAAUAACAAAUAAAUUUAUGAGCUGUGUACUUUUUAUGAUUAUUAAUAAAUUAAAAUGUAAUUCUUACACAAAUACAUUUUGAACCACAA